AUGUACCUCGUGGCCAUCACAGGGAACUGCACCAUCCUCUUUGUCAUCAAGACGGACCAAACUCUCCACACCCCCAUGUACUAUUUUCUUUCCAUGCUGGUGCUCUCAGACCUGGGCUUAUCCUUUGCCACUUUGCCCACCAUGCUGAGUGUCCUGUGGUUCAACCACCGUGUGAUCCAUUUUGAUGCCUGCUUGAUCCAGAUGUACUUCAUCCAUACUUUCUCCAUUGUUGAAUCUGGCAUUCUUCUGGCCAUGGCUUUUGAUCGUUUGGUGGCUAUCAGGAACCCUCUGAGAUAUAGAAGUGUUUUGACCAAUGAGACGGUGAUCAAGAUUGGGGUGGGAGUUGCCCUUCGGGCAAUUUUUCUUGUACUCACAGCUUCCUUCCUCCUAAAGCGCCUAGAAUACAGGAGGAUAAAUGUCCUUUCCUACACCUUCUGCUUGCACCAGGACAUCCUGAAAGUGGGGCUCUCAGACAGGAGAAUCAGCAGUGUCUAUGGCUUGAUUGUUAUGCUCACGUCCACAGGGGUGGAUUCACUCCUGCUGGUUUUCUCUUACUUCAUGAUCCUCAAGACUGUCCUGGGAGCUUUCUCCAAGGAGGAGUGCUUCAAAACAUUGAGGACCUGCUUUUCCCACCUCUGUGCCGUCCUGGGCUUCUACAUCCCCAUGCUUGGCCUCAGUAUGAUCCACCGAUAUGGGAAUCAUGCUUCGCCAAUCACUUACAUUAUCAUCGCCAAUGUAUACCUUUUGCUGCCUCCUCUGAUGAAUCCCAUUGUGUACAGCAUGAAAACCAAACAGAUCCGCACACGGAUCCUGAAUAAAUUUCAGAAGGGGAGAAAACAGUGA